AUGCGGAAGAGGGCUUUUGUUGUUGUUGAUGAUGAUGUAUUCCAUUCUGUCUGUGACCGUUGGUCUAAAUCAGGGUGUGUUGUGUUUCUAAAGAAGAGGUUGUAUGACGCAUUCGAAGUGGAUGAUGAGGAAUCAUUGGAGGAUAAUGAUGAUGAAGUUGAUGAUGAAGGCGAAGAGGGCGUCGAUGAUGCACUUGAAGAUGCCGAUGAAGAAGGAGAAGAAGAAGGGAAAAUAACAGCGAUGAGAGAGCCGGAGCUUGGACGGGAGGGACCGCACAUUUUCAAUGGCUGUUCUUUUUAUGUUCUUUUGGUAAUUUGGGGUAUUUGUAUGCGUGAGAAGAGAAGAGAAGAGAUCAGAGAAAGAAGGAUAAAUGCUACAGGUUAUUGA